CAAACCGGGAAAAGCCGAGGCGCCAAAACUGAAAACUUAUUUCUGCGCAGAGGAAGUAAACAAACGGCCCGUUCGGCCUCGGCACGAAAUCAUAAUUGUUCGUACUUCUCUGGAAAAUUAUAGUCUCUUAUCUGAUAAAAAUGGACCCGACGGCGCAGUUCUUCUCUAAGCUGAAGAAGCUCGCGGUGACUCUGGAGGCGGAAACUGCCGAACUGCAGCAAACCUUCGAAAACCGCAACGACGACGACGACGACGAUGACAGCGAGAACACCGCGAAAGCGAUGCGAGCGUACCACGAACUGAACGGUGAAGUCGGGGAUCUGAAGGGGCAGAUCCAGGAUCAGCUGGCUCAGCAGAAGACGCGGGCGAGCGAGGUGAGCGGCUUCAUCGACGCCUGCAGGGUGAUGCAGCAGAAGGUCACGAAGGACAGCCACGCUCUGAGGGGACACUGGGAAAAAUAUGGUUACCGAGCGCCCAGAGACACCCAGAGACCAAACAAAAACAAAGGUCAGGAGUCUGAGAACGAAGACGAAGCAGCAGGUGAAAAUGAAACUAAGUCGGCAGAAAAAGAUGAAGAGGGAAGCCAGGAGGAGGCUGGAGACGGUUGCGCCUCUUCACCAGUUGGGUUGCCGCCGCCCGUCAUCGACGCACUGCGAACCCCACAGCUGUCUGACUUCGGUCUGUCCGAGAUGCAGCUGAAGAGAACUCUGGCCGGGGCCGAGUGGUGCGCCGAGGUUCCGCCGAUGCCCGAGAUGAGCCUCCCUCACCCCGCACUCAAUACGCCCGCUCCGCCGCCCAUGCCCUUGACUCCCAAGUGUGCCCUGCGGAUGUCCGACGACGACCUUCAGACCCCUCAGAUGCACGACUUUGGCAUCACAGAGCACACGAUGUGUCUGAACAACGACUUCACCAUGGAUCUGCUCCGGAAGAACAUUGAAAAGCCCCAAAGACCAUCACUAGACGAACCUGUGCCACCAGCAGAGUCGCUGAAGGAGGGUUUGUUUAAAAAAGCAGCAGCAGACUUGGAGUCCCCAGAGCCGCCUGUGUUUUGUACCCCGGGGUUAAAAAUCAAAAAGACAAACAGUCACCGCAGCCCAGCCGAGCAGGGCAGCGGUGACCCAGAAUCCCCCGGUCUCCGUGGACACCUUCACACCACCCCUGAGGCCCCAACGUUUCAAACCCCGUACGUGAACCGACUUGUCAGCACAAAAAAGAGUGCACAGCCGCACGAGCCUGUCGACAUGCAGGAUGACGACGAUGACGACGGCCACGCCUUGAAACUUCCGACUCGUAACGGAGCGACCGGCUCCAAGCGCACCUGGGAGUAUGACUUGCCGGAGUUGUCCUUCACCAGUGCGGAGGACAAGCCAAUGCCAGAGAUGCCGAACCUGGAGUCUGUUUUGGGAAAUUCUCUACAAAAUAGAAGUGCGAAAAUCCCCAAAAAGACGAGUGCAUAUGAGAAGGUGACCAAGGGGCCGACUGUCCACAGUCUGGAGCUGGACGGACCGACCCAGGAGUUCAGCUUGGGGACACCCCGCAUCAGGAUGGACUACCAAGAUCCCAGCACCCCGGAGAUGCCCGACCUCAGCUCUGUCACACAGGACAUCUGUAAACUUGUGUCCCAGGCCCAGUUGAAAAAGACAGAAGUGGCGGUCGUGCAACCAAAUGUCAGACCCAAAACGAUUAAAAACAGCUCUGUGAGUCUGUCCGUGGUGUCGGAGAGCGAGUUCCAGAGUUUACCCAGCUACCUGAGGCAGAUGACUCUGUCCAACCUCAACCAGGCUGUCCACAGCAUCAACCAGUUCACUGCGGAGUUUGAAGGAGAGAAGACAGAGCUGCAGAUGGAGGAGCUGAGGAGGAUUACCAAAGUGGGGACCAAGACCCCCGUGUACAUCCUCUGUCUGACUGAGCUCAAGAGGCUGGAGCACGUCAGAGGAGCCAGGAACACGUCUGUGUACAAACUGAGCACACGCAACUAACGGGCUGCUGGGAAAUGUAGUCUUAUCUAGACUCACGAGGAACCUGCUUGACAUCCGAGCUGCUGCUUUAUUAUGCCGUCAUCAUUAGGCAGCACGAAAAAACACUUUAAUCCAGAUUGUAAAUAGUUCUGAUGCAAGGCUAGUCAAAUGUCAUUUUACGGAUCUGACUAGAAACUGACUUGUAUAUAAUAAAUCAUAACAUUUUCUGCUA